AUGCUGUCCAAGAAGUACAAGUACAUCAUCUUCAAGCUCUCGGACGACUUCAAGGAGAUUGUCAUUGAGGAGGCUUCCGACGACAAGGACUGGGACAACUUCCGAGAGAAGCUCAUCAAGUCUACCACCAAGAACAAGUCUGGUGUCGUUGGAAAGGGCUGCCGAUACGCCGUCUACGAUUUUGAGUACAGCCUGGCCACCGGCGAUGGUGUCCGAAACAAAAUCACCUUUAUUGCCUGGUCCCCCGAUGAUGCCGGCGUUCAGCCCAAGAUGAUCUACGCUUCCUCCAAGGAGGCCCUCAAGCGAUCCCUCACCGGAAUUGCUACUGAGCUGCAGGCCAAUGACGCCGAUGACAUUGAGCACGACACCAUCGUCAAGACUGUCAGCAAGGGUCUUGCCGGUUAA